CAUACCUGAAGCGGCAUGACUUCAGAGCCAGCUCAAUGUCCUGGGCAAAGCACCAUAUGCCCGAGCCUCUGGCCAGCCGUUUACCGGCGCCGCCAAUUUGCCCCUGUCCUUGAUAAAUGUCGUCUACCCCGUCGGCGCGUGCCAUGACGUCUCAAAUUGUCCUCCGAUUCUUCUUUUUCUCCACUGGCACCGAGUUUAGAGGAUUAGGUUGGGUCUGGAGAGUGAACCUGUUCGUUGUUUCUUCUUGAACUGAUCAACGAUCAUGGUGCCGACGAAGUUUAUAUCUUCUUCGUUGUUUCCCCUUGCGGGCUUCAUGAUUCAGGUGAGGGCGGCCAAGUUGGACCUUUUUCCACGUCAAACCUCGCCUGCUGAGCGAUUUGGCCAAGCGCUUGCGCCGUCUUCCCCUGCUGUGACGGCAGCACCUCAACUACGCCGGGCCCGAACAGAUCCCGACUUGUUGUUUGCCCGGGAUGUGGGAACGGAUACAUGUGGUUAUAUCUCAGGGACUGGCACCUGGUAUCCAUUGACAUGCGGGGCCGACUACACUUGUACCAACUCUGGCGACUACCGUGGAUGCUGCCAGGGUGCUACUUGUAGCUCCUCAACGAACUACUAUACGUCGUGUCUUGAUGCCACAGCACCAGCUUGCUCGGCCUCUGUUGGGCCCAACACUCUCUGCUGCACCUUCGAGACAUCGUACCCCUAUUGCCUGACGUACCUUUGGUCCACAACUGCGUCCCCAGGAGACGUCUUCACGCAGUAUAACUGCGACCAGUCUACAUUUUCCGGAGGCUACUUCCUGCAAGCCGAAAAACCAUCAAUCACAAGCGCCUCCACUUCCACCAGCGACGAUGAUGACGAUACGACAAUACCUAGUGAAACAGCCACGAGCUCAGGCUCAGCCGCCUUAAUUCCAACUUCGAAUCCUCAAACCUCGGACUCUUCACGUGGUGCCUCCAUCGGCACCAUAGUCGGCGGUAUCGUUGGUGGCGUAGCCGUACUUGGCCUCCUCGUUCUCCUAGCCUUUUUCCUCAUCCGUAAGAAGAAAUCAUCCAACACACCACAUAUGCAGAUGCAGCAAGGUGAUCCCGGGCCUCCACCCGGAGCGCCAACCUUCACCGACCCUCGGUAUAGCGUCUUUACCGCCCACCCGAACCCUCAGAACAAUGGACCCUUGAGUCCCAUGAGCGGCUAUCCCAGCCCGAGUGGCUCGCCGGCACCAUACAUGAACACCGUCGGUGGCAUGGCUGCUUACAACCAGCAGUCCGACCAGGAGCAGUACAGUCAGCAGGGCAUGAUGCAGCCUCAGCAGAUGGGAAGUACACAUGCUGGGGUUAAGGACUUGUAUGGAGGGUCGGGCAGCCCGCCUCCUAGGGAGACAGUGGUAGAGAUGUCGUCAGAUAAUCCGGUUGGCACGCAUGGUAAUGCGGCGGAGUUAGCAUAGGGGGUUGGGGAAGCUGUGUUCACAGUUUGUAUACACUACUGGUGAAGAUCAGUGCAACAGAAAAAUGAAGAUGGCUUGACCUUUUGCUGUUAGAUGCUAGAACGGUUAAUUAGAAAUAGAUUCCAUCAAGUGCAGACAC